UCAAAAUUCAAAUUCUGUACCAAAAACUAAUACUAUUAAAAGAAUGAAUGAAUUAAAUUUUAAAUCUAAUAAACAACCAAAAAAAGAAAUUCUUGAUGAAAAAGAACAAAAAAAUAAAUUGUUUAAAUUAUUAAGAAAAAUAAAUCUUGAUAUUACAAAAACAAAAAAAGAAAUUAACAUAGUAAAUGGACAAAUUGCAAGAUCAAGAAUAAAAACUUUGAAAUCGCUUUCAAAAAGAAAAUAUAUCAACGAAGAAACUAUUAAAGAAAUAGAGAAAGAAUCUUCUACAUCUGAUUUUACCAAUGAUAAAAGAAAAACUAUAAAAGAUAAAACAAAUUCUACUAAAGUAAUAUAUCAAAAUUUAAAAAAUGCUAGUAAUAGAUCAACUCAAGUGUAUAUUCCUGAUUUACUAUAUAACAUCUUAUAUAAUAUUGAAGAAAAUAUCACUAAAGAUGGCAAACCAAAAUCUUCUAAAAAAAUAUUAUUAGAUACUAUUGCCUCUAAACUUUACUCUGAUGCAUCAUUUAAAAAUGAUUAUAGUUCUUUUAGUACUGAAGUAAUAGAGAUGUCUCUUAAAAAAUUCAAUGGUACUAAAGUAAAAUUUGGUAAAACUGUUUAUACAGAUGAAAAUAUCGUUACAAAUUCUUUAAUAGCAUUGAAUAGAUUUGGUCAAAAAAUAUCUGAUAAUCUUUCAAAAGCAUUUAAAUUAAGAUUACAUGGAUUUUUUACUCAAAUAGAUAUGAGUAUAAUAUUAAAUGCUGGUAAAGAAGGUGUAAUGAUUGACCCUGAUAAUGAUAGAAACAUAUACGAACCACCUAAAGAUCCUAACAUGAAAGAAACUGAAGAUAAUUUUGCUUUCAUGAGAGAUAACCUUGAACUCAGUGAUAUCUUUAAAAAGGGCACAACCAGAUUUAAUAACACUGAUGAUAAUAUGAGAUCACAAAUAAAUCAAGAUAACUGGAAAUUUAUGCUUGCUUGA